AUGUACGCGACCAAGCCGCUCUCCCUCUUCAAGAGCCACCCGGAGGCGGCGUCCCAGCCGCCGUCGGAGGGCCGGGGCUCCGGCUACCUCGUCGUGAAGGGCCCCGACGACGACGGCGACGACGACGAGACGUGCUGCUGGGGCACGUGCGGCGGGUCGCGCGUCCGCGACCUGCCGUUCCCGCAGAACCGCGUGCUGACGGUCCGGUACACGGAGCAGCACGGCGAGAGCAGCACGACGUACAGCGACGCCGUCGUGUUCGUCCCCAUCCCCGACCAGCCGCUGGCGUCGAACCGGUACUACGCCGUCGUGGCCACCGGCAAGUACAAGGGCCUCGUCAGGGCGUGCUCCCGCGAGGAGGACAUGACCACGUUCUGCUUCUGCCGCUGCAUCAAUGACGCCAAGCCGCGGCCGUUCGACCCCGCCGACGUGUACCAGCAGGUCGAGAUCGUCCAGCGCCGGCGUGGGCGGUUCACGGCGAGGUCCGUCGCCGCCGACGGGUUCCCCUACUUCCUCUACCGCAAGAAGUACUGGCGCGUGUACGCCUCCAAGUCGAAGCACUUCGACCUCGGCGAGGCGCCGGGCCUGAACGCCGCGCUCCGGUCGCGCCAGCUCGCCGGCGCCAACAACUUCCUCCUCGAGGCCUUCCCGGCGGCGACGACGACGACGUCGCCAACGGCCGUCGGGAAAUGGUACACCCCCUUCUUCCUCAUCAAGGAGACCGGCGUCGCCCCGCCGGAGCAGAUGGACCGAGCCACGUUCUACGAGGUGUCGCUCGAGCAGCGGUGGGAGCCCGUGCACGGCGACGGCUUCGGGAAGCUGGAGGGCAAGAGGGUGCUCAUCGGCGGGAGCGUCGAGGGGAAGCAGGAGGCCUCGGCUGGCGAACGCCACGGCGACGGGUACGUGUGGUUCCGCGCGGUUGCCGGCCAGAGGGUGGGCGUGUCCGCGAGCCUGUGGGAGAGGAUGCUGUGGGAGGAGUACAGGGGAGGAUGGGUCGACGAGCACGGGGAGGCCGGGAAGUUCGCCGCCGGCGGGUCGGUGCUGGUGGAGAGGUUCGUCGUGAAGCGGGCGGACGGCAGCGUCGCGGUCGCCGUCGACUUUGUGCACUUCAACAAGGUCAGGGAGAGUCAGGUCUGAUCGUGUCAGAAUGUCAGAUUAUCAGAUGCAGAGUUUGACUUAUGUUCAUAUUUCAUAAUCUUCUGGUCAAUCCUAAAAAAAGGAAGUGGUUUGUGAAUUGAAUCAUGUAGUUUUGUGUCUGUAGCAUCCGGAGAUGUAUACUGUUCGUGUUAAGGAUCAGUUGUUUUCACUUUCCAUAGUUUCUUCUACUAUUUGGUUGCCAAUCACCUUGUUUUGAGUCUUUGCCUUUGUAGUAUUCUUUGCAGCUGGUUCAUCUUGUAAAUUAUAAGUGUGUACUUGUUCUAAGUACUUCUGCCAAAUAUAAGCUAAACAUGCGGAAGUAUUUUU